AUGAUUCCAGCUCAACAUAUUGACGUUCGUUCACUAAAUGGAGGUUGCAUCACUCCUGAAGGUAUCAGCUCAGAUUUCUCAUACGCUCUUCAUAAUGUUACAGAUGUUGUGUUAGCAUUUCCGAAGAAUGCAAUGCAAAGAACAGUUUUAGAAAAUCCAAUGCUUCGAGGUCUUCAGGUCACUAUAGAUUCCAGAAACUUCCCCGAUCAAGCGAUGACAACAGUGGGUGACAUAUUCUUUACACGUAUGCUUCAAGCUUCUGAUUUAGAUGGAGUGAAUGAAUGCACGGAAGAAUAUGAGGACUCAUUAACUAGACCAUUGAAUGCAGAUGAUGGCACGCCAUUAGCUAGAACAUGGAAAGACCAAACUUCAUUCUUAUGCACUAUUCCAGUUCAACGUGAUGGAGCGGGUAUAUUCUUUGAUGGAUUAGAAACUUUCAACUCACAAGUUACAGUACAAGUGAAAGCUUAUCCAAUCAUUCAGGGUGAAAAUGAUACUUACUGUUCAAAGGUGACAAAUCCUCCUCAGGUUUGGUUUACUAGGACUACAUAUUGGACAUGGACACCGGAAGAAGGUUUGAAAUAUCAUCCAACAGGUACACCACCACAGUAUAGAAGUUCAUAUGAUGAAAUAUUGAUGAAUAGAAAUGUUUAA